AUGUCAUCAGCAACAGCAGCUUGUAAAACCGUCCAUGUGUCACCUUCACCACAUGACUCAGAUGGGGUAAUUCUGAGCCAAAGUGGCUUGUUGACACAUGAUCAGGGGCAGAUGUUAAGUGCUGAGGUCACGCUACUGGAAAUGAAUGAAGCUGAGUAUACACACCUUCAGCAUCUCUUCGAAGUCUCCAUGGAGACGCAAGCUUUGGAUCCUGGCCGGACUGAUGGGAGAGCUCAGCCAGCUCCACAAUUGAUGAGCACCUCAUCAGCUUCGUCCUUCCUGGCUGCUCAAGCUAUUGACCUGUCAACUUCAACUGAUGAAUGUAGUGUGACGAUCAGGCAGCCAGGAGAAAAGACACCAGCCGCCUAUGGGGAGGUUCCAGCUUUGGUCCUAGCAAAAGUCAACAGUGACGAAAGCCUGACUGAACCAACUGCUAAAAUGAGGCCAAUAAUGCAACGUAACUCCUCCGCAAGGGUUUGCUUGGAGAAAAGGUUCAUGACAAUAUUUCAGCAGUCCGUAGAACCUCGAGAGGCAGUUGCAUAUCCGCAAAUGCAGAAGUACAUGGACACCAGCAGAGCAAAUAGUUUUGAGGUUUGUUGUCCAUAAGGAGUAGUUCAGUUCAACCCAGCCACUAACUAGUGGACAAGUAUCGUGAAAUCUGCCAAACUAUAUUUUAUUAAUUCAUACGAGUCACUGGAAAAAUGCAC